CUGUUACUUUAUUACUGGCUCAUGGAAAUGGUAAGUUAAUAUGCUGUCUUGUUCAGAUAAUAGAAAAAAAAGACAGUUUAAUCACAAUGUUUGCUUUUAGUAAACAUUCUUCACAUAAAACAUGGAACCAAACACCUCACCAUUUCAGGUUUGCAAGUUUUCAGAGUGUUUUUAAUCAUGAAGAACUGUUCUCCUUUAGUUUGCAGACUGCUCUUAUUUUUUAGGCUCCACUUUGAACUAUUCUUGUGUAAGACUGCCCUUGUUUUAUAGACACACACAUCAAUAACAUCUUACUUGUUAAUAUAUUUCUUCAUAUGCCAUAUAUGGUACGGUUUUACCUCUGUACUAUUAUUGGAUGCCCAGGAUAUCCUGGAGGUUAUUACUUGAUCUUGUGAGUAUAAAUAUGACCCAUCUUCCUUACUAAACUUGAGAAUGUUAUGGUACCAUAUUGGUUUUGUGUCUGCUUGAUCAUUCUCCUGAGAUAUCUUGCGCUGCUGCUGCUGCCACACAUCACAGGGAUUGAGGCACCUGUUUCCAACUGAUGACUGAUAGCCUCAAGGCUUCAGAAACUCUACAGUACCUAAAAAAACAAUUUAACAGAUCUGGGGGCUCGUCUGGGAUUUCCCAAAGAAACACUGGACAGAAAAUCAUCCUUUCUUACAAAAAUGUUUUUUGGGAUCCUUCUCAGUCUCACACUGAGUUUAUGGUUCUGUGAUGCUAAAUCAAUGGGAGCUAUGUAUGUAAUACAAGAAACAGAAGCACCAUGUAUUAAUAUCAGUGAUACCAACAGCAACCAUGAGCUUGAAAAACUUCUGGACAGAAUUAAAUAUGUUGCUCGAAGCUGCAAAGAAAUUCUUGACAAAUAUCAUGUUUAUGAGGAUGGCCUGUACUAUCUGAUCUCACCAAGAGGGGUCCUUUACCAGACGUUUUGUGAUAUGACCACUGCGGGCGGCGGCUGGACGCUGGUGGCCAGCGUUCAUGAAAACAACAUGUAUGGAAAGUGUACUGUUGGUGAUCGCUGGUCUAGUGAGCAGGGCAGCAACGCAAACCGGCCUGAUGGUGAAGGAACAUGGGCAAACAGAGUCACAUUUGGAACUGCAGAGGCCGCAACAAGUGAUGAUUAUAAGAAUCCUGGAUACUUUGAAAUUGCGGCACAGGAUGUGUCUGUGUGGCAUGUUCCUAAUAAUAUGGAGUUGGAACACUGGAGCACUGCCUCCAUCCUGAGAUACCACACUGAAAAUCGCUUCUUAACUCUACACGGAGGAAACCUUCUCAAUUUAUUCAAGAAAUUCCCUGUGAGGUUUGGAAUCGGAACUUGCAACAUUGAUAAUGGACCUGCUAUUCCAAUAGUGUAUGAUACUGGAAAUGUGGAUUCUACCAAAAAACUGUAUGGACCUAAUUCAAGAGGAAUAUUUGAGCCUGGAUUCAUCACCUUCAGAGUCUUCAAUACUGAAAAGGCAGCCAUGGCACUUUGUUCGGGCGUUAAACCAACCGGUUGUCACACUGAACAUUUCUGUAUUGGUGGAGGUGGACACUUUCCUGAAGGGGUCCCUAGACAGUGCGGGGACUUUACGAGUUUCGACUGGACUGGCUAUGGUACUAAUACAGAAUGGAGUGCUUCCAAAGAGAUUACUGAAGCAGCUGUACUUCUUUUUUAUCGCUGACAAACUAAAAUGACCUGCUUCCUUUCCUUCUGUCAGAGAUAUACCACAUUGAUUAAUACCUGAAUACACAACAAUUUGCUCAAACAUAUUUCUUUACAAUAUAUACUGCAUAUUUUAUAUUGGUCUAUAAUCUAAGAAUGUGUAUGGUGUUUGUAACUGAUGAAAAAAAAAAAAAAAACCUGUCGGAUUAGCCGUUUAUUGGGAGGCUUCUUUUAGUGCAUAUCUAACUUAGUUUUAACCUCUCAGUGUUCAUGUUUUUUUCCCCCAACUGUUCACAAAUGGACAUAAAUGUAUAAUGUUCAAAUAAAACCAAUGGGUUGCCAAUGCUGUUAAAACAAUAGAUUCAAAACCUACUUUAGGUUUCAUAGUUUAUAAGUUACACUGAAAUAUUCCAUGAACAUAUUUGGUUUGGUUACGUUCUGAGUCGCAACAACAAUGAUUUCGCAACAACAUCCCUGAUGUUAGGGAACAUUUGAAUAAUGAUCCUAAUAUUUGAAAUUAAUAAAUCAUCAUCAGUCUGAAUGACUAACAUACUGUCAAUUAAGGGCACCUCUCUCAUAAAUAUUUAUAAAAAAUGUUACUUGCGUUACAUACUGUAACGCAAGUUACAUACUGUAGAACAUCUUUUAAAUAAGUACCACACUUUAUUUAUCUUAAUAUAGCCUACUGUUGUAUGUUGUGCAGCAGACGAGGUUAAAGCCAAAUUGGAAAACCUACGAGAUACAUACAUGAGGAAAAAUAUAUUCUCAGUCAACGCCAUCUUGUGUAGGCAUGAAUUAGCUGAAGACGAUUAAUCGUUUUUCAUGCCUACCUAAGUUUCACUUAGCUGCAUCGCAAGACUGUAGAUGUACGUAGAGUUUUGUCUACAAAUAUAAAAUUGAGUUAAAUAUAGCUAGUAAAUCAAUGAUGGGGAAAAAAAUUGCUGCAGCGCACCUGGUUUUUCAACUCUCGACUAACCGGAGCAAAACCCCAGUGUCAUCGCCUUAUUAACAGAGUUAAUUAACAGAGAGGCUGCAUUUAACCUUGCUUUUUACCUUUGCUUUAUGCUAAAAUACUCAUUUGCUAAUUAAUCAGUGAUAUAUUUCCAUAUGUGAACUUUUUAUUAAAAGAAUUUUAGGUUCUCUGUUUUAUGGUACAAAAUGGCCAGAAUUUGUGGCGGUUUGCUCCGUCAGAGUGGUGGGUGCACUGCCUGUGGUAGGGAAAAUACUGGCUUAAGUGAUAAACAUGUAUAUUUUUAUUCACUGCUUUACUCAAGUGUCACAGUCUUGUAAUGUUGUUGAAUAAAUAUUUUUAUUUUGAGGCUUUUCCAA